AACAUGGCUUCGCACUGACAGCUGGGACUGUCGUUAUCUCAAGCAGCUCCUGACACAGCGCCCGGGCUGUCUGUGGAGCUUUCUCCGCCCUCUUGCUCCGUAACCGGGCACAAGACCGGCACGGAACAUUUUCCAAGACAGAGAUUCACCGGGAAAGCUGCGGUAAUAACGGUUUCUGUGUCACGCCCACCCUGCUCGGUAACGACGCCGCUUGAUGAGUUAGCUCCGGUGCAGCUAACCGAGCCAGACAGCCAGCGAUACCGUGCUCGAGUGAAGCGGACCGUUCGCUGUCUGCUCGCCGGCUGACUGCAGUCUGCUGCCUGGAACCGGCGAUAACACCAUAGCCUGCGGUGUCACACAUAUUGUCAUAAAGCAGUAGCAUCGGGAGUUGUUAUUGUAGCUGACUAGCAACCUAGCUGGGGCGUUACUCCCGUUCCUCUCACUGAAUUUUUAAUGUGCGACCCCUUUGGCAUCACUGUCGGAGGAGAGAGCGAUGGGCUCCGGGGCCGUGGAUUCGUCCCAGUGGCUUUCGGUAAAGGAGGAAACCAUUUUCCUCCACGAUGGACUCAUUCGGGUCACAGAUCUGGCCGAACUGCCCAGUGAAAUUGGAGUGUCGGAGCAAGGGGACACCGAGCAGGAGAUUCUAACAUUUGAGACGAAAAACCCAGUGGAGCUAGCGGAGCGUCUGCGCGCUGUUUGUGGAAAUCAGAGCAAUGCAUACGCCCGCCUACUGGAAUAUCGACUGAAUGCGCUUCGUGGCCUUUGGGGGGCACAGCGGCAGCUGGCACUGGAGGACCAGCAGGAUCGAGAAGGAACCGGAGGAGCUGAUGAGGAGACCUUGGCCUUGCUCAAAAGACAAGGUCUGCUUCAGCAACCGGAGCAGGCUCCUUUUACCUCCCGUGUAGGCCUGCUGCUCGUCUUCCCGCUUUUACAGUCUCAGACUCGCAGUGACCCGGCACUCUGUGGAGUUACAGCAGAAGUUCUGCUGGCUUGCCUCCGGGACUGUCAGCCGCUUAGCCUCAGCAAAGAGCCGGCCGAUUGCCUGAAUGGCCUGGAGGGGCUGCUCUGCUCCUGGCUGGAAGAUCAGGAGUCGGUCCAAGCGGAUGGGCGAGCUCCAACGCAGAUUCUCCAUUCGCCCAGACAGAGAGAAAAUGCUGCUGCUGCACUGGUGGCGCUGGCUUGUGCAAGAGGAUCUCUGAAGACCUUUAUCCACACAGUCCAUCUGCUGCAGAAACAGUCUGAUCUGGGACAGCUGCCUGUGUCAGAUGUCUUGUACAGGCUUCUCCUGCUGGAAGGAGGCCCUGGCUCUUCCUCUUGUCUCCUUGGGGGAAAGCACAGUGUUUCUUGGGGGUUUGAGGACAUGCUACCAACUCCUGAUAAUUCUACUGGAGGAGCUGAAAGCAAAGACACUGACCUCGGGCGAUGCCUAGCCACAGACGGACUCUAUCUGUACACAACCAACUCAUCUGGGAGGGGACUCAGCAAACUGGGCUCUGGCUUGCAUGGGACGCUGAGGGGGUUUGUUUACUGUAGAAAUGAAGAGUUGGAGCCUGGCUGGGUGGUCUUCAGCAGUGGUCGCCUGCUCCACCGUCCAUCUUCAUUUGAUGCCAAACCUCAUCAGCUGUGCCAGGUCAUUGACCCCUUUACCCUUCAGGUGUGCCAGAUUGUCCCUAUGCCAUCCCAUCAUUUCCCGGUGGGCAGCAGCAUGACCACGCUGCACCUCUGCUCAGAUGGAACAUACUUGUAUUGGGUCUGGUCUCCAGCCAGUCUCAAUGAAAAAACACAGAAGGGACACUCGGUCUUCAUGGAUGUCUUUCACCUACUGACCCAGACUGGGUUGUGCGUGGCAGACAUCUUGCAGGAGAGGGUUAUUCUUACUCGUAAGGAAGGCGAGUCUUCCAAGUGUUUGAAUGAGCUCCUCUUAAGUCGAAUGUCACGCUUCCGGGCCUCCCAUUCUGCCACACUGGCCGCUCUCACUGGAUCUGCAAUCACAAACACUGUGAAAGAAGAACAGUCUGCAGCGGUUAACACAAGCUGUGGCCUCCCACUGAAGACCCUGAGAAAGACCCCAAUGUAUGUGUGCGGCACUUACCUGGUGAUGCUGGUGUCACCUCCUGGUGUGUCAGGCAGUUCUGCCACACGGUCACUGUUUGGAAGCACAAGCAGCUUGUCCUCUCUCAAAAUUUUAGCCUCCAGUCUGGUGUUCAACCUCGUUGAUGGCCAGUUUAGCAGCCGCGCAGACCUCAUCGAUGCUCCUGGCAGUUCCUUAGGCAGGGGGGCUCAGGUAGCAGGGUUAGGAGCAUGUUAUGAUGCAUUGAACAACUUGAUCUGGACGUGCUCCAGUGACUACAUCGAUCAGUGGUGCAACCCUGGGAAUCAAGCCUUUCAUCACGUGUGCCAUCGGCUUGGAAUGAGCCACAUCAUCAAAGAACCCAAAGAGCAAGCCAUGGCCACCGGCGAGGUGAUCAACCAGCUGCUUCACCAUGUGGGUGCCAUGUGUAUCCACCAGCUGAACCUGCUGGCUGCGAGCAGCAACAGUUUGCCUCUGGGUGCUCUUCUGGGCAAACAACAUCCAAUUGAGGCACGCCACUUCAGUAACAUCUGUGACAUCAUGGAGAAGGCCAUGGUCAACGGAGACACCUGCAUUAUACGCUGUAUUUUAGUCGUGUUUCAGGUUGUGUUUAGGUUUUUCAAUCCUCAGUCUGAGCAGAACAGGGAGAGUGUGCGCAGGUCAGGCCUCUUGCUGUGGCAGCUACUAAUGGCUCCAGUGGAUCAGAUUGGAGCAGAGAUACAGAGAGAGGUGUGCCUCGCUAUCAGCUCUGGUCUGAACACAUUAUAUCAGGGGGAAGCUGAACUCAACAAACUUCUCAAGCUUGUUCUUACUGAAGGUGAAAGGAACAGUGGCCUUUCCCAAUUGCGUGAUGUCAUCCUCACCAACUUGGCCGAUCAACUUCAGAAGAAUAGAUUUGGAAGUGAAGAAGACGACCAUUACAGGCUGAAUGAUGAGCUUCUACACUGCAUCCUGAAGACUGUAGUCAGAGAAUCCUGCCUCCUCAUUACCAAAUGUCAGACUGUAGCCCGGGACGACUUCCAGAAACUACUGUCAACAGUGCCAGUGGUGUCUCCAUGCCUGCGUUACCUCAUGGCUGUUCAAAACCACCUUCUCAGUAACACCAUUCUUGUUCGUCCAGACGACAACGACGAUAGUGACAGCUCCCUCCAAGGGGAAACAAUGAAGGUACAGGAGCUGCAGACAAGCAUCCUGUCUCUAGCAACCAAGAUUCUGGUUGGAUGUGAUGAGGUUCUGGAGACGCUGCAGCAAGUGACAACGGCCCUCAUUAACAGUGACAUCUCCGACAGAGAGAACAGGUUGAAAGGCCUGGAACAAAUAACCAAAGCCACAAUGCUGGGACACUUGUUGCCAGUGUUGCUCACCUCACUGAUGCACCCCAAUCUGCAGACCCUGACUCUUGCUGAUGCUCUCAUGCCUCAGUUGGUUCAGCUGGUCCUCUACACCAGCCAGACUGCCCUGCUACUGAAGACUCAGUCUCCACUCUUCACUGAGGAACAUGCGAGCAGUGGCGCUUCAAAUCAAGGGGGAAAGUUGUGUGCUUCUGAUGACAAAAUCUUGGAUGAACGAGAGGAGCCUGGAUUCCUGACGGGCCUGAAGAUUCCUGCCCCAUGGGCUGCUGGGAAAACUGUUGAGACGGUGCAUCCUGUUCGAGACAAUUACAAAUUUAAAGAAACGGUGCACAUUCCCGGAGCCCGGUGUUUGUAUCUGCGGUUUGAUUCCCGCUGUUCGUCACAGUAUGACUAUGACAAGUUGGUCAUCUAUGCUGGCCCCAACACCAACAGUCGAAAAGUGACUGAGUAUGGGGGCAACACACUCGGGUACGGCAGUCGCAGUGUGUUGGGGACUGGAUGGCCCAAAGACCUUGUUAAGGUUGAAGGAGACACCGUGACUUUUUCUUUUGAAAUGAGAAGUGGACGAGAACACAACACCCCUGACAAAGCCAUGUGGGGGUUCUCUUGCACAGUCAGGGCUCAGGAGUCAUCUGAGGAUGUUUCCGGGGGUCUUCCCUUUCUGGCUGACCUCGCGCUUGGUCUGUCUGUGCUGGCUUGCUCCAUGCUGCGUAUUCUUUACAACGGGCCCGAGGUAGCGAGAGAAGAGGAAGCCUGCCAUGAUCUGCUCUGCUCAAAGCUUCUGCAAAGGUGUCAGUGGCAGGUGGAAGCCAACGGUGCCAUCUCUCCUGCUCUCACACCCAGCCCGUCACCUCUUCCCCUGACCAUCGAUGAGGAUCGAGAGUUCACAUACCCCUCUGAUGUCCUGAUCCCACCCCCGGGCUUCAUGCCAGGAACCUACUUUGACUUGCCCCGGAUUCGUCUUCCACCUGGAAUCAUGGGACGACUACGCGAGGUUUCAGGCAGAGCUCGGCCACAGUUCCGUCCCAGUAUAAAAGAGAUGAUAAGGCCGGACGUCAUGGAGGAAGUGAUAGUCUCAUGCGUCAUUAAACAUCUCAGCUUGGUGGACGCUCUUCAGUCGCUUGUCAACUACCAAUAUCGAGAGGAUCACGCUGAGGAGUAUGAUCUUGUCUGUAAGAUCAUGGCUGAGACUUUCAAAAAGAUUAAUGCAAUGCAACGCCAGCUACAGAGUGUAGCUGAGCUGGAACAGAAGUGGCAGAAUGAAGUGGAGGAAGCCCAGCAGGGCAAGCUGGACAACAACACGCCCUUCUUCCAUGACUACCACUUCUUUGAGAAUAAAAUUAAGGAGCUGGAGCUGCUCUGUUCAUUAAAGGAGGUUCCUCUUGAUUUCAACGAUUUAGAGAACGUAGUCCUUGGCUUGAGGGAAAGGUUUUUUCACGAAGUGAACACAUUGCACCUCAGAAGUGCAGCGCCGCUGGCUAAAACAAAGGCGCUGGUCAAGAGUUUGAUGAACCGCACUGAGCUGCUGCUUCAUGUGACCAUCGCUCCACAUUGCAGAAGUCUGACUGCCACACCCGCAGGAACACCGGGACCAGCUUCUAAGUCUGUAUCAGAUUCCAAAACGACAAUCCCUUCGGUGAAACAGCCAGCUUUCCUGCGCAGCAUGUCAGCGCCCUCUGACUUGGAAAUGAUCGCCAACCAAGACUUGGAGUUUACGCAUGCCCCUCAAAGCAGGAGGCGACACCAUCCCACCAGUCACCGCAGCAGCUCCUUUUCCCUCCUGCAAUCUUUGGCUGUGGAGGACAGCCGCGACAAGCCGACCUACAGCGUGCUGCUGGGACAACUCUUCGCCUUUAUCGGCACCACACCUGAUCAGGCUGUUUCCAGCAGCAGUUUCCUCUCUGCUGCACAGACACGAUGGAGACGUGGCAGCACAAGGAAGCAGGCCCUUGUUCACAUGAGGGAGUUGCUCACUGCUGCUGUCAGAGUGGGCGGGGUCACACACCUGGUGGGACCAGUCACUAUGGUGCUACAAGGAGGCCCGAGAAUUGAAGAACUGACCUGUGGUGGGAUGGUUGAGCAGGUCCAAGAGGCCUUCGGUGAGACAAUGACUUCUGUGGUGUCUCUUUGCGCACGCUACCCAAUAGCUUGUGCCAACAGUAUUGGGUUGUUAUGCACAAUCCCCUACACCAGGAGUGAAGAGCAGUGUCUCGUUCGAAGUGGACUGGUCCAGCUCAUGGAUAGUCUCUGUAGCUUGAGUGGCCAGAGAGAGUGCAGCUCUAAUGAGAAGCAGACGAAAAAGCAAAAGGUGGCAACAAUGGCCUGGGCAGCAUUUCAGGUGCUGGCCAACCGAUGUAUUGAGUGGGAGAAGGUCGAAGGUGGGUCUACGGAUGCAGUGCAUUCUGGUUUAGCACGACAGGUGUCCAGUCUGCUGACCAAUCAUCUUGCCAGAGCAACAGAGUGUUGUGGAAAUCAGGCAGCUGGAAAUGAUGCCUUACAAGAUGUGCUCAGUCUGCUAAAUGACCUUUCCAGGAGUCACAUCGGAAAAGCGAUCCUGAGCCAGCCGGCUUGUGUUUCCAAGCUCUUAUCUCUGCUGCUCGACCAGAGACCUUCGCCUAAGCUUGUUCUCAUCAUCCUCCAGCUCUGCAGAGCAGCCCUGCCUCUCAUGAGCGUGGAGGAUUGCGGCAAUGUGGCUCUGCCCUCGUGGAGCUACUCCAUGAACACGCUAGAUUCUGACCAGCAAGAUUCUAAUGACCCUGCCUCACGCAUUGCUGCCUUGUUGCUCGCCAAGCUGGCUGACUAUGUGGUUCCAGGUUGCCAGACUUUGCUAUCUCCCAGUUCCUCUGAACCAGACACCAGUCUUUCCAGAGCCAGUUCCAAAGGAGCCUUAAAGUCUGAUGAUGUUGGGGAGGAGGGAGAAGCAGUGGAUGGGAAGCUUUCAAUCUUUAUCCACAAGCGGGAAGAUCAGUCUCCUCAUGAGGUCCUUCAGCCGCUACUCAGCAGCUCAGAAGGAAGGCCCUUCCGUCUUGGCACCGGUGCGAACAUGGAAAAGGUUGUCAAAAUGGACCGAGACAUGACCAAAAAUGGAUGUUGCGAAGUGGUGACGGAAGAAGCUGCUGCGGCCCUGAGAAAAGCCAACAAAUGGGCUCAAUCUGGCCUGAUUGUAAGCGUUGGUCCACCCGUGGAGACCGUGACCCAGGAGUCUGCUGGAGGGGUCACCACCGGAGACAAGAAGAAAACCGCCCAAAGUGCUGUCUGCCGGGACAGGAACGCUGAGCUAGCCAGGUCGGAUCCUGUUAGACCGUUCAUCAGUGGCCAUGUUGCCAACAGUAUGGCUGCUGAGGUCAUUGCUCUGCUGCACAGCCUGCUCACCGCUCCUGAGUCCAACACUGCUCAGAUUUGGACCAGCACAGCUGAAAAGGUUCUGUCCCGUGCACUGAUGUUCAUCCCACAACUGGGCAAAUACGCUGAAACUAUCUUGGAGACAGGUAGCAGCAGUGGCAAGAAGCUGGCAAAGCUUCAGGCUAUUGGCAGACAGGCAGUUGCUGCUCUGUGCGCCCUCGGAGGCUUUAAAGAAACAAUUAAGAUCGGCUCGGAGGUCCAGGUUAUGGGCAAAGGAGUGUUGGGCAGUGUGGGAAUAGUCAUGUCCAUCAACGAACAAGAGGGAAUAGCAACUGUGAAAUUUCCCUCCUGUGAGUACAGGAGAGCGUGCAAAGCAUCGGAUAUCCUGACGGUACCGAUAUCACGUCUGUGCACACCUAGAUCUGAGGCGCUCCCCUUGUACAAGCUUUCCAUCACGGAAAAAGUUGUUCAAGCUGUACAGUCCAUGCUUUUGCCACAAGAGGGCAGUCUCUCGAUUCACACUUCCUUACCAGCUACUGGGGAUGGGUCCAGCCCAGUGAUGGCAGCGGUUCGCCUACUGGCUGAAAUCAGAACCAGGGCAUGUCUGGUGAUGGCUCAGCUGCUGGAGGACAGCUCCUUCUGUGAAGAGUUCAUCCAGCAGUGUCCUGCUGCUGUUGAAGUACUCAACCUAGUCGCUCAAGAAUGUAGCCCUGGUGAGCGUCUCGGGAUGGUCGAAUCUCAAUGUGAAAGAGUGCGGAUGUUGUACCGCGACUGCGCUCGACCGCCACCUCCACCCUUGCAGACAGAUCGUCGGCAGCCAAAAGAAAUCACCUGGUCUCCAUCCCGAGUCUUCCCACCAGUUCGUGCCUGCAUGUUCUCAUCUCGUUUGACCUCUGUUACGUUCUUGGCUGACCCCAGCGCUGGAGGUGGUCUGCCCAGAGGGACCUUCAUCUAUGCUACCUCAUCUGUCCCUGUUCAGGCUCCCUCCUUUUAUUGGGAAAUAGAGGUUGUCUCUUAUGGAGACUCUGAGGAGGACAGUGGCCCCAUUGUGUCCUUUGGUUUCGCCACAGAAGCAGAAAAAAGAGAUGGCGCAUGGACAAACCCUGUUGGCACCUGUUUAUUUCACAAUAACGGUCGGGCCGUUCACUACAAUGGCUCCAGUCUCCUCCAGUGGAAAAGUGUCAGACUGGAUGUGGCACUACUUCCUGGUGACGUGGCGGGAAUUGGCUGGGAGCGUUCUGAAGGCACACCUCCUCCACCUGGACAGGCCCCGAAGGGAAAGGUUUAUUUCACUUACUGCGGUCAGCGACUCGGGCCCACGCUGGAUGAUGUUGCCGGUGGAAUGUGGCCUCUGGUCCAUAUUCAGAAGAAGAACUCAAAGAUCCGUGCCAACUUUGGAAGUCGGCCGUUUGCGUAUGCAGAAGGACAGGCCCACAGAAAUGCUGCGGAUCUUUGUGUGGACCUGGCAGAGGAAAUAAGCGCUAAUUUUGAAGUGCUUCCAUUCGCUAUGGCUUCGGACAGUGAUAACGAUGCCGGGGCAAGUGUCACCUCAGACUCAGGAUCACACGGACCCCCAUGUCGGAUCGCCGCAGUGGCAGUCUCCCAGCAACAGUACAACAGCGACCUUUCAUGCCAUUACAAGGUCGAGCUGAGCUACGACAACUUGGUCACCUCUGGACCCGACCCGCAUCCUCCCCCGAUCGCUGACGAUGAAAGUGACGACGAGGAUGACGACGAUGUCCCAAGAGAAGACCACUAUGCUUUGCUGGUGAAAGCCUGGGAGACCAAAGUGUUCCCCACCAUUCGUCGGAGGUUCCGUAAUGAAGCUGAGAGAAAGUCUGGCCUGGACCAAAUCAAAGGCGCCCUGCAGCUUGGUAUGGUCGACAUUGCACGGCAAACUGUGGAGUUCCUGUACGAGGAGAAUGGUGGAAUUCCUCGUGAUCUCUAUCUCCCGACCAUUGAAGACAUCAAGGACGAGGCAAACAAGUUCACUAUUGAUAAAGUCCGCAAAGGCCUGACUGUGGUCAUCCGCUGCCCUGACAGCAACAAUACAUCGAGCACAACAGGAGGAACAGCGCUUCCCAAGUUCGCAAUCCGGGGCAUGUUGAAGACCUUUGGAUUGCAUGGAGUCGUUCUGGAUGUGGACUCUGUGAACGAACUGGUACAGGUGGAAACGUACCUGCGCAGUGAAGGUGUCCUGGUUAGGUAUUGGUAUCCGAUUGAAAUGCUGGAGCGCCCUCCUGCUGGCUCCCGACGUACAGCAGCGAAUGGCCUUGUCUCUCUGGACAGCAGCAACAUUCAGAUUCACAGAGAGCUGCUUCGCUGCGAAAGUGCUUUGGCUCGGCUCUAUUGCCGAAUGGCUUUGCUCAACAUCUUCGCCCCGAAAAAUCCACACACUUUCACUCGCCUCUUCCACAUACCUGCCAUCCGUGACAUCACUUUGGAACAUCUUCAGCUGCUCUCCAAUCAACUGCUGGCUCCACCCCUCCCAGAUGGAACUAUUAGUUCCAGUUCCAUCCUCUUGGCCCAGUCUCUGCUCCACAACCUCCAGGGCCAGAGCUGCUCUCCAACUGAUCUCUUCUAUCAGGGCAACACUCAGCCCAUCAGGGAGUGGCUGACAGUGGCCAUCACUAGAGCUCUGCACCAGGGGGAAGAAAGUCUUCUGGAGCUCACCAAGCAGAUCUGCUGCUUCCUUCAGAAUGCACCAGAGCAGUUUACAUCUGAAGAGUUUCCGGUGACUGAAUCCAAAGUGAGCAUGGACGUCAGCUUUCCUGGUGCUGCGUUCGUAAUCGUGUCCUGCAAAGAGAGCCAGCUGGGAUGUCGCAAAGACUCCAGCCUGUACAAGGCACCGUGGGCUCGAGUCAUGGUGUAUGGCUUGGGUCAUAAAGUACGGCGGAAUGGUCAGCUCAAUCUGAUGGAGGCUGUUUGUUACCCUCUGGAUGCAUCUCCGACAAACACCGGCCUCACGCCUCCUCCCACCACCAACCAAUACCCCUCAGUUAUCAUCCCUACGGACAAGGUGCACAUCAAGCUAGGUGUGUCGCCACCUCCUGGUGCUGUUGUGGUACUGCACUCACUGCCGCUGGAGUUCCCUCUGGCCAUGGCCUUCGCUGAGCAGCUGUUGACGUGGAAGUUGGGAGAAAACGGCGAGCGAUCUGAGGAUGAGCUGGACACUGUUCCACCUUCUGUUCUGCUGCAGGUGGUAGAACUGCUGGGUGGUUUACUUUGGACCACUGAUCUGGCUCCAUCCAUCAAAGAACUCAUCUUUCAUCUGUUGGCUGAACUCCUGCGAAAGAUCCACCACUUGGAGCAGCGCAAAAGUCCAGCUGGCCUGUCGAGCUCUAUCGCUUUACUUCUUAACCCGUGCCUGGCAGUCCUCAUGGCUCUGCAGACCGAACUCCGAAAGCUUUAUGACCGGGAGACGCAGGGCUGGACCUCAGGAGCCGCAGGAUCUGGAGGGUCUUCAUCUGGAAACCUGGCUUUGGCUCUGGGAACGGAACAGAGCCGCUUCUCCACUUAUUUUCAUGCCCUGAUGGAGGUGUGUCUGGCUGUGACCGAGGUGACCCUUCCCCUGAAUGUUGGAGGAUCGCCAGUCGGAGCUUUGACCUCCACCAGUGCUCCAAAUCUCAGCGACUCUUCCUCAUCGUCUUCCUCGUCCCCGGGUCAGACCCCUCAGAGCCCCAGCUUGCUCUCUAAGAGGAAGAAGGUGAAGAUGAAGCGUGAGCGGGCGGCCGCAGCCGUGGCAGCUGCUGUCUCUGGGAAGAGAGGGAGUGGCGGGGCACGGCUGUCUGAGAGUGACAGCGCCCUGCUCAACAUGGCUGGGAGUAAACCUGAAGACAUGCUGUGGUUUCACCGCUGCCUCACGCUCCUGAUGAUCCUCAGACAUCUGGCUAACAAGGACCCACAUGGGUUGAGUGUCACCAGUGAUGCCGUGACUGAUGCCUGCCAAGCCCUCGUGGGUCCGACCGCCCACAGUCGCCUUCUGGUGCUCUCAGGUAUCCCCACGCACCUGGAGGAGGCGGUUGUGAGAAAUGCCAUCCGGAGGGCGUGCAAUGCACACGGAGGGCUCUUCAAGGACGAAAUAUUCAUCCCUCUGCAAGAAGAGGACCCAAAGAAAGCCAAAGCUGGAGUCGUUUCCAGUCCUCAGGAUGGCAAAGUUGACUCAGAGCAACGACCAUUCCCCAACACCGGAGGUCCUGAGAGCCCAGACAGCUCCAGCAGUGUCACCCCAGCGAUGAGUGUGAGCGCUUCGGCCUCCACCAGCCAGACCUCCAUCUGCAGCUCCUCUCAGGGAGUCUCCCGGACUGCCAGUGAACUUUCUGUGGAUCAAGAGAUGCUGUCUGUUCCAGCAGUCACCCCAGCAGCUGCAACCGCUUCUGCUGGUGCUCAACCGGGCACCCAAGACCCCCAGACUGUUUCCAGCCAGGAGAGUUUAGACACGUCUUUGUGCAGCACCGGCAGCCUGGGCAGUCUGGGGAGCCUAGGGGAGCCUUUGGACAGUGCAGAGACGCCCUCUCUGUCAGAUGGAGGUUCAAUGCACACGGUUACCUCACAGGAAAGCAACGUGGUCGCAGCCCGACCCAUCAAAGGCUACGCUGUCAUCGAGGUUCGUUCUCGAGCCAAGGUGGAAAAAAUCCGCGCCAGUCUUUUCAACAGCAGUGACUUGAUCGGAUUGUCCAGUCUGGAAGGUGAAGAGGAGCUGAUGGAGCUGAGCAACGAGGAGAUCCUCACCGCCUCCAGCGUCAACCAAAGUCUGUUCGACACCCAGGGAAGCUCGGCGCUGGAGGACUACUUCCUGGACAAGUCGCUUCGAGGUGACAAGCUCGUCCCUGGAGCCAGAGAUGUGCUGACGGACAUCUUUAAGAGCUGCGUGCACUCGGAGCAGAUGCUCAGCCUCACUCCCACCAAGCCGGUCAAAGUGUCUGACAUUUACCUCAGCAAAGAGCAGAUCAACGCCCAGACGCCUGGAAACCUGCUGCACACGUUCUUCACCAACGUCAGACCACCCAAGAAGGUUCUGGAGGACCAACUCACUCAGAUUCUGAGGAAGUAUGGCACUCCUAAGCCCAAUAAAAACAAAUAUAGCAAGGCAGGAAAGGAGCAGCACCAGGGCAAAGUGGUAAGCACGAAAAGACCAAUAACCAAGCCUCCCACCAAAGAAAAAUCUGUUCUCAACAGUGUCAGGACGGCGCUAAGUGAGAAGAAGGCAGUCCUGAAACCAAAAUCUCCUGAAAAAUCAAGACCGGAGGAGAAGGAUGUCGAGAAAUCUCCUGCAAAAAAAACGGAUGUUCCAGAAGAGAAGUUCCUGACUCUGGAGGGCUUUCAAAAGUUUGCAGUGGACCGUGCCAAACAGGACAUUCGCAGCGUCUGGAGGGCCAUUUUGGCAUGCGGUUAUGACCUCCACUUUGACAGGUGCACGUGCAUUGACACGCGUCACGCCCAAAAGGCCUGCAGAAAGUGGACCUUGGAGAUGGAUGUGGCGCUGGUCCAGUACAUCAACCGACUGUGUCGUCACCUGGCGAUAACACCUGCCCGACUGCACCCUCAUGAGGUCUACCUGGACACCAGCGACAUCGCUGACCCACGAGUAACAUGCCUGCUCAGUGUUCCAGUGGAGAGUUUGCGCCUGCGCUUCGCCUUGCUGCAGUCUCUCAACAACACUCUGGAGAGCUUCUUCCUGCUGCUGGUGGAGCAGCGACAAACGCACACCUAUGAGAACAGCAUAGCAGCGCUAAUAAGUGAAGCCAAAGGUCUCAUUUUCUACGACACCAAAGUAACGGUGAUGAACCGGGUGCUGAACACGACUGUGCAGCGAACGGCCGACCACGCUGCGCCGGAGAUCACGCUGGACCCGCUGGAGAUCGUUGGAGGUGAAAUCAGGUCGUCGGAAAACACAUACUUCUGUCAGGCGGCUCGGCAGCUGGCCUGCAUCCCGUCCUCGCAGCUGUGUGUCAAACUGGCCAGCGGAGGCGACCCGACCUACGCCUUCAACAUCCGCUUCACUGGAGAGGAAGUUCAUGGCACAAGUGGCUCCUUCAGACACUUCCUGUGGCAGGUGUGCAAGGAGUUGCAGAGCUCAGCUCUCUCACUGCUGCUGCCCUGCCCGAGCUCUGCGGCCAAUCGCAACAAGGGGAAGUACACCCUGACUCCCUGUCCAAUCAGCUACGCCGAAGAGCAGCUGCUGCACUUCUUCGGUCAACUCCUGGGCAUCGCCAUCCGUGCCGACGUGCCACUUCCUCUGGACCUCCUCGGUUGCUUCUGGAAAGGUCUGGUGGAUGAGUCGCUGGACCCGGAGCAGGACCUUCAAGAGGCCGACGUUCUUACCUACAAUUACGUCAAAAAGUUUGAAAAUGUGACCGAUGAGUCGGAGCUGGAGGCUCUGUGUGCCGAGAUCUCCUCUCAGCAUCAUUCAGGGGAAAGUCCGGAAUCUCCCAGUCGACCGUGCUGCACCUUCACCUACGUCACCAUGACGGGGGAAGAGGUGGAGCUCUGCCAGGGAGGGCGCAGUCUCACCGUCAGCUGGGAGAACAAGGAGGUGUACGCCAGGGCGGUGCGGAGCCUGCGCCUGCGGGAGCUGCAGAACGUGGAGUGCAUGACGGCGGUGCGAGCAGGGCUGGGCUCCAUCAUCCCGCUGCAGCUGCUCACCAUGCUGAGCCCCGUGGAGAUGGAGUUGCGCACCUGUGGGCUGCCGUUCAUCAACCUGGAGUUCCUCAAGGCUCACACCAUGUACCAAGUGGGUCUGAUGGAGACGGACCAGCACAUCGAGUUCUUCUGGACGGCACUCGAGAUGUUCACUCAGGAAGAGCUCUGCAAGUUCAUCAAGUUCGCUUGCAACCAGGAGCGCAUCCCCUUCACCUGCCCCUGCAAAGACGGCGGGCCGGACACGGCGCACGUUCCCCCGUACCCGAUGAAGAUAGCGCCCCCUGACGGAGCUGCAGGCCAACCAGACUCCCGCUACAUCCGUGUGGAGACCUGCAUGUUCAUGGUGAAGCUGCCCCAGUACACUUCUCUGGACGUGAUGCUGGACAAACUACGCUACGCCAUCCACUACCGCGAAGACCCGCUGAGCGGUUGAACCAGAGUCAGUCUGAGAUCCGGACUUCCCACGGCCUUUACUUUGUCUUGAUUUGCAUGUUUCCACAUGAGCCCUUCCUUAAUAGUUUGCACAAACUUCCUUUUUUUUGAUGAUUCUGCUUUUUCUUUCAGGAAAUUUAGGGAUAAUUAGUAUUUAUUUAUCUCAUUUGAGAUGGAGCUCUAUUCCUUUUUGAAUCUAGAGUCCGAUUCGGCCAGAACGUUUAUACUUGCACUAGCUUUUUGAAGUUUUUACGUCUGAGUUGACUCUGCUGUGAAGGAUUCUACUCUUUAACACUCUGAACUUUGCUGCGAGGCCUCAGUGUGGAGGCUCGAACCAGGAGGUACGACGACUUUCUCAUGCAGUUUCUACAUCACGUGGGUUCGGCUCCCCUCUGGGCCGACGCCAACUGCAGUGGAACUCAACAUUUACCUGAAAAGAGGCAGUGAAAUAUAGUAUGAAUCGUGUCUCCUGCCGUCUUUGGAGCAGUGUGGAUGAUGAUGAUGAUCAGACAGUUUCUGCUGACUCGGGUGUGAAUUCCAGGUUUGUGAAACCUGCGUCGCCUCGUGUGACGAGACGACGUCUGAGCUGCUCGUGUGCUUCUGCUACUGAAUGUGUAACAAAUCUCCCCGAACCUACACACCCCGGGGGAGGGGCAGCGGAUUCUCCUCAGUUCUGCCUUUUCUGUUAAAACUUUUAUGUUGCUGUAAAAAUGAUUAAAUAGAAAAGAAAAUGUAAAUACAUUAUGUUUGCAGUUUUUAUGAAAGCCCUGUUGCUGUUUUACUUUCUAGUUUGUGCAACUCUUUAAAGAAAAGAAAGAUUUCUUUUUUUUUUUUAAUUGAGUUUAAGUUGCACUUGAACAAAGAGAGCUGAUAUUUCACGCUUGUUUAGAUUGUUUGCUCGUGACUUCCUUUGAUUUGGCUCUUUUAAUGGGGGACAAACCGCUGCUAAGAGGGAGGCUCUGCGUUCUCCUCCCUCCUCUGGGAGACCCGGACGUCGUCCCAAAGAAAAGACAAGAAAAAAAGGAAAAAGAAAGGACGCGUCCAAUAUAGAGAGGUGUUGCUAUACAGUUAUGUGCUGUACAUUUACUUGAUAUUUAUUACAAUUAUUUAUGGUUGCAUUAACUUAACUUUUAUUGUCUUACCUCUGCACAUCAGAAACGUACCAUAUCUGAGAUGGACUGAAGAGAUGUAAAGAAUCGGACAAGGUUUGAGGUUUCAGUGUCCCAAUAAAGAAAU